AGUAUCCUAAACCUACGUACACUAAGACCAGGGGGACAACUUUUUAACGCUUUACGACUGGGAGAGAUUGCCCGUUGGGUGGAAUUUGGACUAAGUUCCUUCCUUUCAUAUUCCGCGACACUGAAAGGAACAAAAGGCGGAGAAGGGCCAGUGCAGGUACGGGGUGUGACCGCAGGACGGAAGAGAUGUGCUCCAGCAGGGGUGUGUGUGGGGGGGAGGACCGGGCGUCGCCCAGCUCUGGGUCGGUCAGCAGUUCCGGGUCGCAGUACGCCCUGUGCGCGCUGGGCGUGGGGCUGAUUGCCCUGGGCAUAGUGAUGAUCGUGUGGAGCGUGGUUCCCGCCGAGGCCGCGGGGAACAGCAGCAGCGGCGGCGGCGGCACGGGGUCCGGGAGCAGCGAAUCGGAUCUGGACACCCGGGGGAAGACGUCGUCGGUGGCGUUCGUCCUGGUGGGGGCGGGCGUGGCCAUGCUGCUCCUGGCCAUCUGCCUGAGCGUGAGGAACAAGCGGCGGCAGCCUCAGCGCCAGGCGCAGGGGGCAGACAGCGUGUACCGGGCGCCCGGGGAGCAGGGCGAAACGGAAGCGGACCCUCUCCCCAGGUAUGAUGUCCCCAGCUAUGAGGAGGCGGUGGGGAGCGGGCAGUACCCAGUUCGCCAGAGCAACCUGCGGAACAGCACCUCCCAGCUCCCGUCCUACGAGGACCUACUCCAGGCUGUAGAGAACGAGGGGAGGGAGCCAGCAGCCGGCACAGGGCAGGACCCGUCGCAGCCUGCCCCCGCCGCGGAGGCCCCUCAGCCUGCCCCCGAGCCCCAGGCGGCCCCGCCCGCCCGCCACAGCACCCGCUCGAGCCGGCUCCUCCGCCCCCUCAAAGUGCGCCGGAUCAAAUCCGACAAGCUGCACCUCAAGGACUUCCGCCUGAACCUCCGCAACCCCGCGCAGGCCGGCCGGGUCACCAUCGAGCCCCUCACCCCCCCGCCGCAGUACGAGGACAAGGUGCCCGAGUUCGGAGAUCGCCCCUCGCAGGCGGAGGCAUGACACUGCCCGAAUUUCAGAGGAAGGUUCCUGUGUGGAAGAAACAGUCCGGCUUGCUGUCGGUGAUGUUGGUGAUGUCACUGAAGAGUCUGGCGCCUGUGGCCACAGUGCCGAGCCUUGCGUGUUCACGGCUCGGGGCGGAGCAGGGGUGAGGCACUCUUAGAUACUUUUUUUUUUUUUUUUGUAGGUCCGACAUCGAGGGAUAGUCUUUGAAAACUGUGCAGUGACCAGGGAAUUGGGAAUUGGAUGCGUGAAGAGGUGCCACAGUCCUUUAUCAACCUAAUUUCUGCAGCUGUGAUGGAGUCCUACUGGUUGUAGUAACGCGAUCAGUGUUGUUCCCUAAUAUAAUAUAUUUAUAACCCUAACAAAAAAGAUUGCCAUUGCUACUACCACAUACUGUUAUGGUAAUGUGGUUUGGUCCAGUUUCUCUGUGAACUGCAGAACACAGGCCUGUGCAUGUAGAUUUGUAAAAUAGAUUGAUUCAAAAAAAAUAAUUAAACGAGUAUCGAUUGGGUUGUGCUUUUUAAAUGUAAUUCAACCUUUUUUUAUACAAAUGAUUUAUUACUUGCCCCUUUUCUACAACAGGAAUCCUCACUUGAGGACUUAUUUUUAAUUAAACAAUAAAAGAAGUUCAUAAAGGUGUUCUGUGGUUUUGUAACCAAUUCUACAGGAAUCCAAUAAUUAAUUUUCCAGUCCAACAGAGAGAUGUGUAAAUACCUCGUUAUGCAUGCUGAAGCCUGGGAGAAGAAGGGGGCAAUACUGAAGGUCUUACAGUCCAUUUCAACAGCCGUUAUACUAAAUAAAGGCCUCCCUAAAUGUCCAGGAUGGGAUGGUUCACUCUGGGGUUUGUUGGGAUACUAGUUCCGUUUUGAUGUAUUUUUUUGAUUGGAAUUGUUUUCAGAAACUUCUCUAAAUAUCAAAUUUUCCUCAUGCAUAAAAUCUGUCUGGGUCAAUCAAAAACUUACUCUGAAAUGGACAUAUCAAAAAAAAAAAAACCCAGAAAAGGAACCUUCCCUUUAAACAUGCUCUUAGGGCUGAUAUUGAGUUUGUUAAAGCGUGUAUUUGUUUGGGUGUAUAUUGAGUUUAUGUUAAGCCGUAUAGCCUAGACAUUGCUAGUCCAAGCCUAGGCUCUGUCAUUCACCAACUGUGGCUUGGUGAUCGCCAUCUUGCACAGCAAGAGCAUGUUACCACAGGAAAUUUCACAAAAUGGGGGGAGGAGGUCAAAAGAACAUGUGACUGCAUGUAUUCUGAAAUCAUUUUGUCAAUUCACUUGUAAGUGAAUGGACAUGGAAGUGUAUGGUGGCAUUUCCUACAUUGGAGGGAGUAUAAACUGGAAAAGGGGGGCAAGGUUUGCUGUCUCUGAGAUUUGUGUGCACCUUUCGUUUGGAGAUCCUUCUUACCCUCUGCACUAAUUCAAAACUAUUAUUUUGUUACCCUUGUAAUAUUAUGAAUAAUAUUUUUUAUAGUUUUAAUUCCAUAGACCUGUUAACAAAAUAACUUUGAACUUUGAAUUUCCCGAUUUAGAAUCAACUCUUAACUACACUACAAUCUAACUUAUCUCAUCCACUACAAUUUAACCACAGAAUUUUAGCCACAGUGGAUCUCCUCUUUCAGUCAUGGGGUCUGUGGGUUAGUUUCUGUAGUCAGGGGCUACACGCUGUGCCUGUUGCCCAUGCAUUCCCAAAUUCAGCUAAUUCAUGGAUUUGCUUAAAAAUUGGUGGUUGGUUGAUGGAGGAGUCAUCAAAACACAGUUCCAAGUGCAGUCUUCAGUCAAACUGUUUAAAAAAGCAAAAUGGUAAUGAGCCAAACCUGAGGCAAAUUAACAUUAAAUCAAAGGUUAAAAAAAAAAAAAAAUCAGUGAAGUGUGUACAUUAUUUGUAAACUCUAUAUUGUCAGUGCCCUCUCAGGUUCUGUGUGGGUUCAGCAGAAACUUCAAAGUAUAAAAUUAAUCUGCUACUGAAUUUUGAACUGUCCUCUUGUAACUUUUUACUUGUAGAGAGAUUUGGGCUUGAUUUUUAUUUAUUUUUAUUUUUUUAGUAAUGCGUGGAUAUGUUUCCUUGGGAGCAAAAAAUAUCUGUCUGAAAUGAUUUUUGUUUUUUGGGGGGGGGGGGGGCUUUCAAACUGUACAUUUGAGUAAAUAUUUAGUUUUUUCUGUCUGGAAGAAUGCCCUGCUGAAUAUUUUGGGGCUUGGCAAGCCCGUAACAAAUGAACAGACAUAUUAACAGAGUAAUUUCAGUGUGAGCCGGCUGAUGUAAUGUCUGAUCUACUGUAACCCCCUGGAGCUGUACAUUAGCUCUAAGGACAGGGAGGGGGCUGUGUGUUGUAGUAUUUUAAAAUGCAGAUCCAAUUUUUCUGUCUAUUUAUUUAUUUUUAAAAAUCCAUAAGAUGUUUACUUUCAAUCAUAAUUUGUGGGUGAAUUAAAACAUUUCUCUUCAUCAGAA